CAUGAAAGCAGCAGCAGUGUUGGCUGAACUCGUGCUGAGUCUCACUGAGUACAACAAUGAGUGAGAGCAGCGAGCAUGUCCGGCUAAUGUGAAGUAAAGUUUGCUUUAGUGAAACUGUGUCACUGUAUGUGCUCAUUGGGGUUUUUCCACAGCACUGUGUUAAAUGGAGCUGGAGGACCAAUGGUGGACAGGACAACUCGCUGCAGAUAUUUACCAGUCGCUGCGAUACAGAGAGCUAAAGCUUCCCCCCUACAAAGGCCAGUCUCCUCAGCUCAGCUUGAGACGAUACUUUUCAGACCUCAUCGCCAUCGUCAGCAACCGCUUCAGGCUGUGUCCUGUAGCCCGACACCUCGCUGUCUAUUUGCUGGACCUCUUCAUGGACCACUAUGACGUCACCGUGCAGCAGCUCCACAUGGUCUCACUCUCAUGUCUUCUUCUGGCCAGUAAAUUUGAAGAAAGGGAGGACCGGGUGCCUAAGCUGGAGACUCUGAACAGCCUAGGAUGCAUGAGCUCCAUGAACCUGGUCCUGACGAAGCAGGGUUUACUUCACAUGGAGCUGCUGCUGCUGGAAACCUUCCAGUGGAACCUGUACCUGCCUACAGCCGCUCACUUCAUAGAUUACUACCUGUCUAUUGCCGUCCAUGAGGGAGACCUCCAUGAUGGCUGGCCUAUGACCUGCUUGGAGAAGACCAAACUGUACAUGGCCAAGUAUGCUGAUUAUUUCCUGGAGGUUUCCUUGCAAGAUCAUGUGUUUUUGUGUUUCACCCCCUCUCUGGUGGCUGCUGCAUGUGUGGCCACCUCCCGGCUCAUCCUUCACCUGUCUCCAACAUGGCCCCUCCGUCUUCAGCGCUUGACAGGCUACAGCUGGGAGAACCUUGUCCCAUGUGCUGAGAAGCUGCUCAUUGCACACGACAGUGACGUCAAAGAGGCCAACAAACAGAAGUGCGUGCAGCCCAGCCAGCAGCAGCAGCAGCAGCAGGGACAGACAGCAUUCCACAGUUCAGGCCAGACAAACACUGUGGCGCCAUACCUGCACCGAACAAGCAUGCAGUACCCACAGCAGGCCUCACAGCCUGCCCUGGCUCCCAACCACAGACCGGCCUCCUACCUCAGCCACACCACUACCAGCCUUCAGCCUCCUAACAGCACCGCCCAGACCCACACUACCUCACUGGAUCCAAAGACCAACAUUCCCAGCAGGGCUUACCAAGUCAGCAUGCACUACACCUGUGCUGCUCCCUGUUUUGACAGAUGAUUUCCAAGUGUUAGCCGUUCUCAGGCAGAUUUGUUGUGUUUCUCUUGAACAUAAAAUAGAAAGAAAAGGUGUGUUUUUAAUUUGAAAAAAGACUUGAUGAGAUUGAAGAGCACUUUGAUUGACGAGGUGUACUCCAUGUGCAAAUUGCAUGCUCUGUUGUGGAGAGGAUGCAUUAGAAGUUUAAUUUAGUUUGAGAUAUCAGGAAUGGAUGUUAUCAUGAGAUGAUUUAGAGGCAGAGUUUGUACCUCUGCACCUACUGGUGUAACUGUAUAAUUUAGCUACAGACCAAAAGUCUCAUAUUUAUUUAAGCCAGAUUACCUCGGAGUCAUUGAAUGUAAAAGCACCCUGCCUGUAGCCUUGAUGAAGAUUACAGGAUUUGGUGUGUUGUGGUUGAGAUUAGAGAGCACAUUUUGAAGGUUUUCUGUGCCUCCUACUUUUUGUUUUGUUGUGCUGUUUUUGUUUUUGUUGAGUGCCAUUUGUGAAACCAGAAAAGAGUACUCUCCUCUGGAUGUCACAAAUAAUUUGCAGAAACAUUGUUGCUCUUCUCUACACAGAGGAUUUCAGUCAGUGCUGUGCACUAAUAUGAUGAUAGUUUUAAAUAAAAUACAAAUCUGUGUUAGCUGAA